GUAUCAGGAGCAUAUAAAACUCUUCUUCCUACCAACAUACAUCAAUUGGACUGGCAUUUUCUUGAAAGCAACACAACAAUUGCUGUUUGAUUUUGUGAAGAUGCAUGGGCAGUUUGUUCUUGUUGUCCUGGUCUGUUGGAUAAAUCUUCAUGUAGUGACAACAUACCCCAAUGGACAAGUGACGUCUGCAUGUAUGUCUAUGACUCCCCAACAUGGUGCUAAUAACAUCUCCAGGUUACAGGCUCCAUAUACUGUCAGCUCAAACGUGUCAACCUACACAAAUGGCCAGAAGAUUACAGUGACACUUCAGGCAAACAGGACUGGAUUCAUGGGUUUUCUUCUUCAGGCCAGUUAUGGGACAGGUCCAGUUGGUACUUUCACAGUCAUGGGAAACAAUACUCAAUUACUGAACUGUGGAGGCAUGGGUUCAGCUGUCAGUCAUACUUCAAAGGAUGCAAAGACAACUAUUGUGGCUCAGUGGAAAGCUCCUGACAGCGGCAACAAAGAUAUUAAUUUCAGGGCAACAUUUGUACAGAAUUUCUCUCUCUUCUGGGUUGGCGUUCAAAGUGAAACUGUAAGAUUCAUGGCUACUAAUCCUCCAAACACCACAGCCAACUCUACCACUGAAAGUCCUAACUGUAGUCCAUCAAUAUCUCUCGCAGUGUCUCUUCUUUUUCUGCCUCUGCUGGCAAUUACUUAA